UGAAUGUGGCCUCGAUGAUAAAAAGCGAGCCGUCAUGUGUCUGUCCCUCCCUCUCUACCUCUCUCCCUCGGCUAGGUCGAGCUCUUCCUGCCCGCAACAAAGCACCAGAAAACAACCAUGUCUGAGAAACUGAACUUCAAAGUUGCUGACAUCAGCCUGGCCGAGUGGGGGCGUAAAGCCAUCCACAUCGCUGAGAAUGAGAUGCCCGGUCUGAUGAAGAUGAGGGAGAUGUACGGUCAGUCCAAGCCGCUGAAGGGCGCCCGCAUCGCCGGCUGCCUCCACAUGACCCUGCAGACCGCCGUGCUCAUCGAGACCCUCACUGCCCUCGGAGCGGAGGUUCAGUGGUCGAGCUGUAACAUCUUCUCCACUCAGGAUCACGCCGCUGCCGCCAUCGCCAAGACUGGCGUUCCAGUGUUUGCGUGGAAAGGGGAGACCGACGAGGAGUACGUGUGGUGCAUCGAGCAGACUCUGUACUUCAAGGACAAUCUGCCCCUCAACAUGAUCCUGGACGACGGCGGAGACCUCACCAACAUGGUCCACCAGAAGUAUCCCAAACUGCUGGCAGGUAUCCGUGGCGUGUCAGAGGAGACGACUACAGGCGUCCACAACUUGUACAAGAUGAUGAAAAAGGGCGAGCUGAAGAUGCCCGCCAUCAACGUCAACGACUCUGUCACAAAGAGUAAGUUUGACAACCUGUACGGCUGCAGGGAGAGUCUGAUCGACGGCAUCAAGAGAGCCACUGAUGUGAUGAUUGCCGGUAAAGUUGCCGUGGUGGCGGGCUACGGCGACGUGGGGAAAGGCUGCGUCCAGGCUCUGCGUGGGUUCGGAGCUCGCGUCAUCGUCACCGAGAUCGACCCCAUCAACGCGCUGCAGGCCGCCAUGGAAGGGUACGAGGUCACCACCAUGGAAGAGGCGUCUAAGGAAGGAAACAUCUUCGUCACCACCACCGGCUGUGAGGACAUCAUCGUGGGACAUCACUUUGAGAACAUGAAGGACGACGCCAUCGUGUGUAACAUCGGACACUUUGACUGUGAGAUCGACAUGAGCUGGCUCAUCAAACACGCUGCGGAGAAGAUCAACAUCAAGCCGCAGGUCGAUCGCUAUCGUAUGAAGAGCGGCCGUCACAUCAUCAUCCUGGCCGAGGGCAGACUGGUCAACCUGGGCUGUGCCAUGGGACACCCCUCCUUCGUCAUGAGCAACUCCUUCACCAAUCAGGUUCUGGCUCAGAUCGAGUUGUGGAAGAACACGGACAAAUAUCCCCUCGGAGUCCACUUCCUGCCCAAGAAGUUGGAUGAGCAGGUGGCAGCCGCCCACCUGGACAAACUGGGGGUGAAGCUGACGAAGCUGACAGACAAGCAGGCCAAGUACCUGGGUCUGCCCAGCGAGGGGCCCUUCAAACCAGACCACUAUCGCUACUGAGCGUCCUGUCCAGCUGGGGAAGAGGAGGAGGAAGAGGAGGUGUGGCUACCACGGUGUUGGUGUUUAGGUGUAGCUGUGUUUGGGUGGAGCACUUUUAUAAAUAGCAUUCAAUAUCAAAUGCUAGAAAACUAUUUCUCGUGUUUAUUUAUUUGGCACCAACAACUUGAGAUCAAACAUCUCCCAAACAGCUGGUUUUGAAUCACACAUUUAUGGUUGAAGUAGCUUUUACUCUGAGCACAUAUCUUCAGCCCUCCACCUCUUUCUUCCUCCAUGCUUCUCACCAGCUUCUUCAGGGGCUGUUAAAGAGACUUCCUCUUAUUGUUCGUCAUUCCUUCUCCAUUUAUGGAUUAAAAUAAACCCUGAUGCUUCUCUGAGCUCCUCUGUGUCUCGAGGUGGAAGAUGAUAAAACAGGUUUAUCUUCUGAGUCUUUUUUAAUGAAUCAAUACGUUAAGUGUGCAGAAGCACAUGAACCUGUGAGCACUUAAUGAAAGCUGCACCUGAACUGUGCCAGAAGAUGUUCUGGGAGGGUUUACUAAUCGGGUGGAUCGGUAGAGUAAAGAAGAAGCACUGCUGCCAAAGGAACAACCAAAGCUCAUCAUGUUUCCCCAGAGUUUUAAAGUCUUAUUCUUUCUGUGCAUUUUCUUUUGUGAUUUGUAUUUAAUUUGACGUGAAGGGCCAAAACAUGUGCGAACAACGGCCCCAAAACUUUUAACUUCUCACUGUAGCCAAUCAGCGUGACGUUAAAGCAGACGUUCUCAACGGUUACAUCCUGAAAUAAGAGUUCGACUGUAAACGAUGGAUUGAAAGUGUGACGAAUGGAGAAAUAAAGAAACCUGUUGACUCUGA